UCACAAUCAGUCGUACGUGUGGAGUCGACAGUGGCUGUGUGCAAAUUGGAGCUUUGAGGCAGAAAAUAUUUGCUAUUUGAUAUUUUGAAUUGUUUUUUUUUUGUAUUUUUAUUAAUUAAUUAAAAAGGAGAAGAAAAUGAAUUGCUUAAAAAAACUGCCCAUGCGUUUGAUCGCUAACGCCGUACAACGUCAGCAACAAUGUAUGUCCACUGGCGCUGGUUCCAUGCCUCCACUAACCUUCUUGACUGACGAUGAGAAGAUGAUGAAGGAAACCGUUGCUAAAUUGGCUCAGGAACAAAUUGCUCCAUUGGUUAAGAAAAUGGAUGAAGAACACAAAUUUGAUCCAUCCGUUGUAAAAGCAGUGUUUGAAAACGGUUUGAUGGGUAUUGAAAUCGAUUCCGAAUUGGGUGGAAGUGGAUGCAAUUUCCUGACAACAAUUUUGACUGUUGAAGAAUUAUCUAAAGUUGAUCCUGCCGUUGCUGCUUUCGUAGAUAUUCACAAUACAUUGGUCAACUCUUUAAUGAUCAAAGUUGCCAGUAAAGCACAAAAGGAGAAAUAUUUACCAAAAUUAGCUCAAGAAUAUGCUGGAAGUUUCGCUUUAACUGAACCUGGUGCAGGUUCUGAUGCCUUUUCAUUGAAGACUGUUGCCAAAAAAGAUGGUGAUCACUAUGUGAUAAAUGGUACCAAAAUGUGGAUCUCCAAUUCAGAUGUAGCCGGAGUAUUCUUAGUAUUUGCCAAUGCCAAACCUGAAGCUGGCUAUCGCGGUAUUACAACAUUCAUUGUUGAUCGUGACACACCCGGUUUGGUGGUCAAUAAACCAGAAGACAAAUUGGGCAUUCGUGCCUCUGGCACUUGUAUGAUCAAUUUCGAUAAUGUGCGUAUACCUGCAGAAAAUCUUUUGGGAGAAUUCGGUCAUGGCUACAAAUACGCAGCGGGUUUCCUUAAUGAAGGCCGCAUUGGUAUUAGCGCUCAGAUGCUUGGUUUGGCACAAGGUUGUUUCGAUGCCACGAUACCAUAUCUGUUGGAACGUAAACAAUUUGGUUCAGAAAUCUUUAAUUUCCAAUCAAUGCAACAUCAAAUCGCCACUGUUGCCACUGAAAUUGAAGCUGCUCGCUUAUUAACAUAUAAUGCAGCUCGUUUAGUUGAAGCAGGUGCACCUUUCCAUAAAGAAGCAGCCAUGGCUAAAUAUUAUGCUUCAGAAGUAGCACAACGUGCUACAAUCAAAUGUAUUGACUGGAUGGGAGGUGUUGGUUUCACACGCGAUUUCCCACAAGAGAAAUUCUACCGUGAUGUUAAGAUUGGCGCCAUCUAUGAAGGUACCACCAACAUGCAAUUGAGCACAAUCGCUAAGCAAAUCAAGAAAGAUUAUUCAUCAUAAGUGCUGGAAAAUAUCUGACAACUGAGCGAGUAUUGUCGGUUUUGUAUAUAAAAAGCAAAAUAAUUUUAAAAGUUCUUCAUAGUUUUGUAUAUCGUAACAGAUACCAACAGUGCAUUUAU